GGUGCAGGCGCGCGCCCAACGGCUUUGCCAGGCUCACUCGGUCUGAGAGGUCGGAGGCUGCGAGUGUCGCUGCUGAAGGCUGUGGUGGACCGGGCUGGAUAUUGGAUUUUGGAAUACAUUAUAGAUUUGGAACCGCGGACUGGGGGUUGGAUCGCGGAUUUGGGGUUGGAUCGGGACUUGGGGUUGGAUUUGGGGCUGGGUCGGCAGGGACGAUCGGGGGUGGUGAAAAGGUGACAGGGGGCUGCCCCCACUCAAGAGCCCAUCGGUGGUUGGGGGUCUGAGAAGUCACUACCAUGAAGUUGUUCGGCUUCCGGAGCCGCAGGGGCCAGACGGUCCUGGGCUCCACCGACCACGUCUACACGGGUUCCGGGUACCGAAUCCGGGACUCCGAACUGCGGAAGAUCCACAGGGCUGCUGUCAGUGGUGACGCCGGGGAAGUGGAGCGCUGCCUGGCGCGUAGGAGCGGAGACCUGGAUGCCCUGGACAAGCAGCACAGAACUGCUCUACAUUUGGCCUGUGCCAGCGGCCAUGCGAAAGUGAUAACUCUCCUGAUUAACAGAAAGUGCCAGAUUGAUAUCUGUGACAAAGAAAACAGGACACCUUUGAUACAGGCUGUCCAUUGCCAGGAAGAGGCUUGUGCCGUUAUUUUGCUGGAACAUGGUGCCAAUCCAAACCUUAAGGAUAUCUACGGCAACACUGCUCUCCAUUACGCUGUGUACAGUGAGAGUACCUCACUGGCAGAAAAACUACUUUCCCAUGGUGCAAAUAUUGAAGCACUGGACAAGGUAUAGAUCAAUCAACUUUCUUUCCAAAAUAUUUGUUUUAACAUUGACAUAGGUAAG